CCAUGAUGCCAUUCGGCUUCUCCAAAAAUGGCCUCAACAUCUCUCUCUCUCUGUAUGGGAUGUCUGAGAAAAGAAACGUCGACCAAGCACGGGAGAUAUCAGAACGGGCCAUAACGUUCCAGGGCAGGAUCGAUUCCUUCAAGCACAUCCUCAUAUUCUCCAUCACCCACGGCUGGCCGGCGAACUAUGUGUUGGAGAAGAUUAAGGGUGAUUUGCACGCAGGUGAUAUCAUCCUCGAUGAUGGGAACGAGAAUUGUCGUAACACAAAAAGACGACAAAGAAAACUGGAGCCGAGAGGCAUCAAGUGGAUUGUCAUGGGUGUCAGCGGCGACCCUCGUGGUGCUGGCCACCAUGUCAAAAUGGUGCACAGUGAAACUGAGAACGGCAUGCUCUCCACCGUCUACGAGGCCUCGAACUUCCUUCACAAGUCCCUACGACGAGAUCGGGAAGACCUUUGUAAAGACGGAACUCCGAGGAUCUGUCGGAGCAAGAAGACACCCCGAGGUGACCCGCACGGAGAAGGGAGAGGCGAGGACGUUCUAGACGAUGUUCAGGACAAGGUGGUGCAGGACGGCGACAGCUCCGAGGGCACGCUCUUCCAGACGCGGCGCGCCGAUACGUCUCGGCGCCCACGAUCGCAGCCGACCAUAUCUUCCGCGCAGCGAGCGGGAACCGAGCGCAGAGGCUGAAGACCGCCGAGAAUAUGCAGAUCCCCCCAACCUCGACGUCUCAAGACACAGGAUAUGGACAAGGGUAAGUAAGGACAGCCUCAUAGAAAGCCUACGCCGCGCCGUCUACGCAUCCUUCCUCCCCUCCUUUUCUGCUAAGACCUCGAGCUCAUCGCCCGCGCUUCCCGCAACGAGGGCUAGGAUGACUAUCUCGGAAAAUCGUAUACGGAUCUGCGGGUUGGCGGCGUCAUCCAGG